GUCUGCCUGGUGAAACACUGCAAGAGGAUUUUUCAUCAUUUAAAAGCACCAAGGAGGGAGAGAGAGAGAGACACGGAGAGAGAGCGAGAUAGAGAGAGAGAGAGAGAGAGAGAGAGAGAGAGAGACGGAGAGACGAGAGAGAGGGAGAGAGAGAGAGAGGGAGAGAGGUGCAGUUGAGAGAGACAGCCUCUUAGAGCUGUGAGGCAGAAGUGAUGGAUUCAGCCCACAGAAAAGUGACAGUCUUCUCCUAACGGGCCACAGGCUGUACACAACCUGCUCUGGACUCUGACCAUUAAUCAGGAAAACUACCUCCACCAUCCAGCUGUAGUUACCAGUUGUUUCUUGAAAGUGCUCCAACUUUUUCAAGUGGACUUUGGAACAAUCUACUCAAUGUUUGCUGAAGGGUUUCUGGCAACUUGACCUUGUGUUGGGCUAAUGACGGUCUUGUAAUAACAGGCUUUAUAACGCCGCUACCCUCCACGGCCGGAAUUGACCGAAGGUAACGAAGAGUGAGUAACUUCACAGGCAGAGCGCAGAAAGGUGGAGAGGAGGACGCAGGGGUGCAGCUUUCACACUUGGGAUGACUUUCUACCAGGAGAAACUUCAAUCAGCUCUGCCAGGAGGGCAAGGCAACUGAGGGAGCCUCAUCCAUACUCUACAGUUAUCUCGCUUUGGUGAGUUAGACACAUGGAGCCCCCUUCAAUGGUCCUGCUGGGGCUCCUUCUUGUUUAUGGACUAGCAUGUGGUGCCCAGCAGACUAAGGGGAGUUCGUCGGACAGCAGGCAUGGCAAGGACAAGACCCAAGAAUUUGAGAGUAGCGAGGAUGAUUUAGAAAGAGAGUUUCUCUAUGCUGGAAGGAGCAAGCGUGCUCCAGCUGACCAGCCGCAGGACAAGUGCUCCUACACUUUCAUUGUGCCUCAACAAAAAGUGACGGGAGCCAUCUGUGUUAACUCCAAGGAACCGGAGGCCAUGCUGGAGAAUCGGGUCAACAAACAGGAGUUAGAGUUGCUAAAUGUGGAGCUACAGAAACAGAAGAGGCAGAUCGAGACCCUGCAGCAAUUGGUGGAAGUGGACGGAGGUAUUGUCAACGAGGUCAAGCUUCUGAGGAAGGAGAGUCGAAAUAUGAACUCCAGAGUCACUCAGCUGUACAUGCAGCUGCUCCAUGAGAUCAUCAGGAAGAGAGACAAUGCCCUCGAAUUGGCUCAGAUGGAGAACAAGAUCCUGAACCAAACCUCUGAGAUGCAACAGCUCACCAGUCGAUACAAAGAUCUCGAGCACAAGUACCAGCACUUGGCUUCUUUGGCCACUAACCAAUCAACUCUUAUUUCCCUGUUGGAGGAGCAGUGCCAGAGUCGCCUUCCCACUCGUCACGUGCCCGUCCCGCAGCCACGGUCACAGCCACCUCAACCAUCACCACCUCUUAACAAGCCUUACCAGCCACCUGUGAUUCCUCGAACUAACAAACCAAUAAGCAACGAGAUCCAGAGUGACCAGAAAUCCCAACCGGCUCUUCCAACGAUGCCCACCGGCACACACAGCCCCUCCACCACUGACAAGCCCUCUGGGCCAUUUAAGGAUUGUCUUCAGGCUCUGGAAGAUGGCCACACUGCCAGCGGCAUGUAUCUGGUGAAGCCAGAGAAUGCCAACCGGCUCAUGCAGGUGUGGUGCGACCAGAGACAUGAUCCAGGCGGCUGGACCGUGAUCCAGCGCAGGGUGGACGGCUCUGUCAACUUUUUCAGGAACUGGGAGACAUACAAGCAAGGUUUUGGCAAUAUCGAUGGCGAGUACUGGCUAGGUCUGGAGAACAUCUACUGGCUGACUAACCAGGCGAACUACAAACUGCUGGUGACGCUGGAGGACUGGUCCGGCAGGAAGGUGUUCGCAGAGUACGCCAGCUUCAGGGUGGAGCCCGAGGCCGACUUCUACAAGCUGAGGGUGGGACGUUAUCAUGGCAACGCCGGAGACUCCCUCACCUGGCAUAAUGGCAAACAGUUCACAACGCUGGACAGAGACCAUGACGCAUAUACAGGCAAUUGUGCCCACUACCAGAAAGGAGGCUGGUGGUACAACUCUUGCGCUCAUUCAAAUUUGAAUGGAGUUUGGUACAGAGGAGGACACUACCGCAGCCGCUACCAGGACGGAGUCUACUGGGCGGAGUUCAGAGGAGGAGCCUAUUCACUAAAGAAAGUGGUCAUGAUGAUCCGUCCAAACCCAAACACCUUUCACUAAACAUCCAAGGGACACAUACUGUACUGUAUCUCUCGCUAAACACAAACCUUUACAGCUCCUACUCUUCGUGCAACCUUUAUCUUCUUUGUUUAACGGAGCGGCACCACACCCAGCCAGAGGACAAAGAGACAGAUGAUGUUGAAAGUGCAAUAUAAAGAAAUCAGGCUGAUGUAGAAUGUGUGCACUUAGUGCGCCUUUAUUCAGCUGUCUGUAUCGUUUCCCUUUUAUGUAAAAAUCAGUAAAGACAUGUGCUCAUUGCUGAGGAGUUCAAAUACGCUGUCUUUGAUAAAACAAAGAACCGCGUAAUGGUCGGUGCUCUCAUUUGAUCUUAGGGAGAAAAACUAUAUGAACCUGAUUUAGACAAGAAAAGAGCGGAUUACAAGAAUUCAGUUAAGUAGCAUUGAGGUAGGAACUCUACAUUAUAUAUUUAGUAUCUAUGUAAAAGGUGUUUUUUUGCAGUAACAAGCAAAUGAGGUUGACACAGGAAACGUAUCCAGUGACUUUAAUUUUAUUCAAAAUACAUUUUUCAAAUGUGUAAUUUAUAGGAACAGUCACAUUUAUUGACUUGUUAUACAGGGUUGAUAUUCUGGCCAGUUGUGUUAAUUACAACUAAAUAUACUAUAAAAACAGUGCAUUUUCUUUUCUAACAUAAAACCAAAAGUGUUAAUAGCAAUACCUGAUGUUAUUAACAGUCUGCUUAAGCAACAUCUAAUAGAUCUAAGAACAAAAAACAGUUACUCUCUUCAAAGUCCUGCUUUUUUUUCUUCUUAAAAAUACUUGUUCUGACAUCUUGAAUUGCUCAAACAGGUAUCCACCAAUAUGCUUGUAUGAAUCAAGCACUGUAUUUACUGUAUAAAUUUAGUGUUUUGUUGAUGUCAAUAGAUGCAACACAUUGCGUUUGUACAUAAGAUAUUUGUAAUAUAAUGUAUUAAAACCUGUCAUGUCACUAUUACGUUGCAAUAAAAUAUGUACAGCUUGUG